UACCGGACAGGCCGCAGCUCCCUGGCUGUGAGCCCCCCAAGUGCGGUGGCCUCAGAAGCGGCGGCGCCCGAAGACGCGCUCCAGGCUCUGCCCGACAGCCCUGUGUGGGCCGCCUGGUCCUCUGCAGCCGAACAGCGGAUGUUCUUUUAAAGAAUUAUUGAAGACGAAGUAUUUUUUGUUUUUGCUUUUGUUUUUUAUUAGUUUUUUUAAUGGCUUUACAGAAUUUUAAAUAGAAUACAGUUUGACAUGACGACAAAAAAUGUUGGUUUGACUUCCACAAAUGCAGAAAUAAGAGAAUUCAUAGAUCAAAAUCUCAGUCCAACUAAAGGUAACAUUUCAUUUGUUGCAUUUCCAGUUCCCAGCACCAACUCACCAACGAAGAUUUUACCAAAAACCUUAGGACCAAUAAAUGUGAAUGUUGGACCCCAAAUGAUUAUAAGCACACCACAGAGACUAACCAGUUCAGGAAGCGUUCUGAUUGGGAAUCCAUACACCCCUGCACCAGCAAUGGUUACUCAGACACACAUAGCCGAAGCUGCUGGCUGGGUCCCUGGUGAUAGGAAACGGGCUAGAGAAUUUCUAGACUCUGAUUUUUCAGAAAGUAAACGAAGCAAAAAAGGAGAUAAAAAUGGAAAAGGCUUGAGACAUUUUUCAAUGAAAGUGUGUGAGAAAGUUCAGCGAAAAGGCACAACAUCAUAUAAUGAAGUAGCUGAUGAGCUGGUGUCAGAGUUCACCAAUUCAAAUAACCAUUUGGCAGCUGAUUCGCAGGCUUACGAUCAGAAGAACAUUAGGCGAAGAGUUUAUGAUGCUUUAAAUGUGCUGAUGGCAAUGAACAUAAUUUCAAAGGAAAAAAAAGAAAUCAAGUGGAUUGGCCUACCUACCAACUCUGCUCAGGAAUGUCAAAACCUGGAGAUAGAGAAGCAACGGCGGAUAGAACGGAUAAAGCAGAAGCGGGCCCAGCUGCAAGAGCUUCUCCUGCAGCAAAUUGCUUUCAAAAACCUGGUACAGAGAAAUCGUCAAAAUGAACAGCAGAAUCAGGGACCUCCAGCUCUGAACUCCACCAUCCAGCUGCCAUUUAUUAUCAUCAAUACAAGCAGAAAAACAGUUAUAGACUGUAGCAUCUCCAGUGAUAAGUUUGAAUAUCUUUUUAAUUUCGACAACACCUUUGAAAUCCAUGAUGACAUAGAAGUACUGAAGCGGAUGGGAAUGUCCUUUGGCCUGGAAUCGGGCAAGUGCUCUCUGGAGGAUCUGAAACUUGCUAAGUCCCUGGUGCCAAAGGCUUUAGAAGGUUAUAUCACAGAUAUCUCCACAGGACCUUCUUGGCUAAAUCAGGGACUACUACUGAACUCUACCCAAUCAGUUUCAAAUUUAGACCUGACCACUGGUGCCACCUUACCCCAAUCAAGUGUAAACCAAGGGUUAUGCUUGGAUGCUGAAGUGGCCUUAGCAACCGGGCAGCUCCUGGCCCCAAACAGUCACCAGUCCAGCACUGCCGCCUCUCACUGCUCUGAGUCCCGAGGUGAGACCCCCUGUUCGUUCAACGAUGAAGACGAGGAAGAUGAUGAUGAGGAUUCCUCCUCCCCAGAAUAAAGACGGGAGAAAGCCUACGUUGUAAUGUUUGACGCUCAUGUGUGUUUUUAGUGUGAGCUCUUGUUUUUGAAAUGAUUGCUUCAGUCUUUGCCUUUGCACUGUGUGUUCAGUGAAAACUAGAGAAACACGAUAAGCAAUUUACAUGAAGGCUGAGAAGACUGAGAGGAAAGUUAACAUAGUGUGAAUGAGAACUCUGCCCAACAGAGCAGUAGAUCAUAUUGAAAAAAGAGAAUGAUUUCUGAGGAUAUAGAGGGGAAGCGUCCCCACAGAACUGGCAGUGUGAGUGAAGCUCGUUGAUCUUCCGUAAGGCGGGGGCUUUGUACUCCCCACACCUGUGUAAUCAUUCUUAGAAUUGAGGUUACUCCAAGGAACCGUCCUUGACAGUCGUGCUUCGGAAGUUUCUCUCCCUCUCCUGGGCUGCCUGCUACAAGGCAGAAAUGAAUACGAAACGUCUCCAGUGGGAGAGUUGUGUAGUCAGGGGCGUGGAGGGUGAUGCUUGUGGCCUGAGGAGCACAUGUUGAACUGCUGGACUAGUUGAAAGUCUAGUUGAGGUGCUUUACGCAUCAGCUGCCUUAGACAGCUUCUAGAAAGGAGCAAGCGCUAAUUUUUAAGUACUUAAGUGACAUUUAGAAUAAUUUAUAGUAAAACUGAAAUUAUCAUUAUUAGCCAAUGCAUUGGUGCAUAGAAUUUACUAGGGCUACUUCUGGAAGCCAACAUAGAAUAGCAUUUCCAUGUGCAUUAAUACUUUGCCAGCACUGCCUUUUGCCAGCAUUCUGGAGUUUUACAGAGAAGGGAACCCUAUCUGUAAUUUUAAUCAAAGCUAUGCAUUUCACACAGCUUUUUCAUUUAAAACAAAACAAAACAAAUUCCUAUGACCAGAUUGUUUGCCUACAGUUCCCUCAGUAAUUGUAUGAUGUCACCUAGUGUGCAAUUUGUGAAAAUGAACCAAAUGUCAUUACUUUUGUCUUAAAAGUCUAUUUCAAGAAUAUGAACAGCAAUGUUUUCUUGUACCUGUCACCUUUUUGUACAUUUUCAGUAAUCAAAAUGACCUGAUUGGGUUUAUUCCUGGGUAAAUUACAUUUCAAACUAAGCCGAGAUGCAGUAUUUCCCAGAAGCACUGGAAAACGCUGAGCCCUCCCGCCGACAGGAUGUCGGGCGUGGGGUGUGGAGUGCGUGGCCGCCCAGCCGCGGGAGCUGGUAGAAGUGCUGCUCUGGUGCUUCCAUGGUCACUGCCCGUAACGGUAGGGGGUGGGGAUAUUCAGUACCUUGGCCAGACCCCAAAUUAAUUUCACAUCGAAACCUUAAAAAGGAAAAAAUAACGGGAAAAUUAACUCUAAAACUUUGACUUGAAUCAUAUAGAUUUGUCCUGAGAUUAUAUAUCUGGCAUCUAUGGGUCCAGCAGCAAGCUUGGUGCAAGUCCAUUCUUUUCUAAAUCCCCGAGGGAACUAUAAGCUCUAUCCUGUGAUGCAUUUUUUUUUUCUCUUAAGACAGGCUAGAGGGAGGUGGUGUCAUAGCUCACAGCAACCUCAACUCCUGGGCUCAAGUGAUCCUCUUGCCUCAGCCUCCUGAGUAGCUGGGGCUACGGGUGUGCCACUACAGCUGGCUAAUUAUUUUACCUUUAUUUUUGUAGAGAUGGAGUCUCAGUCUUGCUCCAACUCCCAACCUCAAGCAUUCCUCCCACCUCGGCCUUUCAAAGUGCUAGAAUUACUGGCAAGAGCCACCAUGGCCGGCACUUUGAUGCCUUUUAAAAGCUUUACCACCCCGCUUACAGUGUGGGGGUGAAAGCUUUGACAGGCUUUACAUUUUUAUUAAGACCAUAAAAACUGAUAAACAAGAACGCACAACUUUAGCGUAAGCCCCUUUGAUACAAAACUCUCAUUCUGUCAGAAAUAAGCCAUAGUGCAGACUCAGCGUUCAGGAGACAGAGGCAGUUUUAGAGAGUCCUUUCUUGGUGUGAGUUCGGGAUCACACCUCUGAGACUGAUCACACGGGAGCAGUCAGGAACACUGCAGAGGCUGUAGUAGGUAGGUCUCCAGGGGCCGACAGGAGACAGUUCUGACUGGAAAACUGCCAGCCGCACAGACCAGGUGAACAGGAUUUCCUUCCACACUGUCCUGGACAGGGCUGCCCCCUCCUUCCCUAACCCCAGCCUUUCUUAUCUCUGUACUUGAAAGGGACCUGGAGAGGCCAAGGGCCACAGCUACCUCUGUAGUUUUCAAAACACUGAAUGAACUACAAGUUCCAAAAUACUAAAAUUUAAGGCAGUACGUAAUUAUAAUUCUAGAAAAAUUCUUGUAGAGUUCUGGGAAACCCUUUUCUCCUUUGCUCCCUGUCUCUGCCGCUCCAGUGCUUUAUUGAUAAAAUACAGGCAGAAAGGAGAAGGCAGCCACAGACUCUGGUCCUCUUUGCUGCCCACCGUUGGCCAUCCCAGCCACAAGUGUGUGGUGUGUGGUAGGAAGUGGCCUCCCUUCCUCAGCGGUGUGUCUGGGUUACUGCUGAGGCCACCUCACAGAGUGACACUGUGGUCACCAGUAUGUAUCGCUAGUAUAAAACCUUGCCUGGAAAAAACUAGGUUGAGAUGUUUAGAAAGAAAAUUCUGUUAUUCUUGUGUUUUCCCUAAACAUUUUGCCUGGUUCUAAAGUUCAGCCCUGAGUCAUGAUCUCAUAUAAGAAGUGAAAAAAUGUUAGAAUUGUGGUCACAGUAUCCGGGCUUCUUUGUAGGAGAAGCGCACACCCCGCCACCCUUCCCAAAGUGUGCUUGUUUUUUGGGGAGCUCAAAAGGCCUUUCCUCCUUGAGGGUCAGUUUAGCUGCUUCCCUUCCAAGCGUGUAGCAUCCAGCAGUAAAUUCUUGCUCCACUCAGCAAACGCACAGGGGCCUGUAUGUCUGGCCUUAGUGGAAAGGGCAGUGCCACCAGGACACAGCCGUGCCGAGGUGUCCCUUCACGCUUCUCCACUGUAAGCCGGUCCUCCACUUGCUCUUUUCAUGUGGCUCCUGGAAGGCUUUGGGGAGAAAGGAGGGAAGGAGGGACUAACACUGGUCUAACUGUGCCCGUCUGAGAAAGCUAUGGAUGAAGGGGACAUGCUUGGCGUUCUUCACUUUAGUUUUUUAAAGAAGUGAUGAGAAAAAACCUGAGCCUUCUGCCAUUUUAUCUGGAUAAAAGAGGGUAACUCCUGCCAUUAGCAGAAUUUAUAGUUGUAACAGCUCUGUGCAGUAUUUUGAAAAAUAAAGCCACAGUUGGUCCUCAAAAGUAAAGUAACCCCUAGCAGAUAAUUCUAAUGGAGAUUUUCACAAAGGACUAGCUUGGUUUACCUUGUAGACAUCCUCAACUGCGCUGUUGGGUUUGCUAAACCACAAUUUGGCUACUUGGGUCAUAAAGACAGCAGAGUUGCUCCACGUGUAGAUGUGAGUUAGGGACCCGAGCACUGUGGGGCGGGGGGACUUAGCAGAGGAUGGGAGCGGCCUCAAGUUUCUGCUGUAACUGCAGUGAGAGGAGCCUCUUUAGCUUCAUCAAUGAUUCAAGGGCCCUUUGAACGCCUGUCAGGCUUCCUCCCCUAAAAAUAUGAGCUGUCUUACCCCAAAUCUGUGAGGCUAUGCUCAGAACUGUGCUUAGUGGUAAGUAUGGUGUAAGGUUGGACAGCGAGCGUGAAGAUUUAACCCGUCAUCAGUACCUCCUACUGUGUGCCAGGGGUGGGGGGAGAGCAGUGACAGCCCCGUCAUUCUGGAGAAACACAAUCACCAGCAGCAGGCAGAUUGGUGAGUGCUGUGGGAAAGAGCAGCAGAGUGGGGCAGGGGGAAGGCCUCUCUGAGAAAGUGAUUGGUCCUGAGUCAGUGAAAGGACAGGUGUGUCUACCUCCUCAACAAGCCACUGUGUUACAUAACACGCACCUGGAAUCUACUCCGUUCCAACGGUGCCAGUUUUAAGCAUGCAUGUUGGAGUCUGUUAAGGAAUUUUUAAGAUCUGAAAGAAUACCAAACUUAGCUACCACAGUACCCGUAAACCAAGAGAAUAUUCUAACUCAUGAGCUUCUCAUCAUCAUCAGCCUCAACUGGGCUGCCAGCUGAACCCACACAGCAGAAGGGGGGAGAAAUGCAGACUUUCCACGUCUUCCCGGUUACCCAGGACUUGAAGAUGCCUAUCCAUGUUGGACGUGAAAUCGGCUUUAUUGUGCACAGGGGCUGCUAGCUUCCGUGAAGCUGAAGGCCAGACUGCCUAAGAACCAUUUUCCCGGGUUCCCCACAUUCAUGCACCCAAAGCAGUGGUCCCCAUGCCCUGCCAUUUGGCCCUCAGAGAUGUCCCUCCCUACCCUCGAUUUUAUAGUUGACAAGUGUUUGGCUAAACUUUCACUCGAAACAAAAAUGCUGUUACGAGGAAAAAGCCUGAUGUUUGUGAAAGAUUUUACCUUAUUUUUUUAAAACCAAGCUAAAUGCCUAUGCAUUUAAAGAUAUUUAAAAUAUAAAUUACAACAUUUCUCAGGAAAUAAUCCCUUUAUAUAACCAAAAUGUGUCUCAAAAGUUAUGCUUAGCUAAUCUCUAUUUUCCCACAUUUAUGUUCACAAUAUGCUAAGAAAGAAAAAGUGGGUGGACACAAAACUUGGGUCCUGUGGCUGUGCCCUGGGAGCUUCUGAGGUGUAGACACUCACCUGGUAGGGAGGCCCGCGGCCCAUGGUCUCAGGCAGGAGGAGGGUUCUGUGCAUUCCACGCAGCGGUUUGUUCUGUACAGCAGUUCUCAGACAAGGCAGAGCGUACCUUGUUCCUAUACCGCCUUCACUGCAGAAAGUCUGUGGAAGUCAGUGCUGUCCGGACCCCCGGCCUGGCCGGCACAUUAUAUGUUGGUCCUGUCAGAGCCCCACUGGGAGCCAGCCCAGCUGAAGCAUAGGAUCAGGACUCUUCCCCCUUACCACAGGGCUCAGGAUGGGAGAGAGCAUCUCUUUCCCCCUGGUUUGGAGAUGUGAACCCGAGAGCCAGGCCUGCCUGCCUUGUGCCCGUCAGCCUGUCCGUAGGAGGGUCUGCACCAAGCCCUGGCUCCCUCCGUGAGGGCCAUGUUGCCUCUGCAUGGUCCAGCCAGGGACUUUAGGAUUAGCAGCAGUGUCUGUGUCACCAAGUGCCAAAGGGCUGAGGAGCAGAAGUGGGACUCCUCUCCCAAGCCCCAGUAGGAGGCUGUGGUGUCAGCUGUGGGCACCUCUCAGCGCAGAAGCCCCCAGGUGUGGACAGUUACAGGUGGGAGAAAACAGACGCAGGCUCAUUCACGGUCAUUGCUGGGGGUUUGAGCGGUCGGGCUACCAGCUGAACUUGUGUUCCACACUAGCUUGUUUCUGUCCUUGUCUGUCUCAACAUAAAAAGGAAACUUCCCCAGGGUGGCGCCUGUGGCUCAAGGAGUAGGGCGUGGGUCCCAUUUGCCGGAGGUGGCGGGUUCAAACCCAGCCCCGGCCAAAAACCAAAAAAAAAAAAAAAAAGGAAACUUCCCCAGAUUGUGUUUGCUUUUAAAAACCCGUUACUUUGUCAUGCUUCACUUGGUACUCACCAUUUGUUCCUCGCCAUCCUCCAGGAUGCCAGGCAUCACACAGUGACAAAUGGCCUGAUAAUUUUGCCUGUUCAGAUGGGUCAAAGAUAUUUUUCAGACUAAAAGGCCACUGACAGCCCAGCUGCGUUUCUGCUCCGGGCUUCCCCGGGCUCCACAGCUGUUCUUCCCAGUCAUACCAUUAACAGGUUCAGGUUCAACCUUUCGGUGUCAUGAAAAAUGGAACCACCAAGUGACCAACUGCACGCUGGCUGCUCAGGAGGCCUGAGCUCUGGGGACGUUUCAGUACUGUGAGUUCCUUAGGGUAUUUUGUCCACCACCACACCUGACUUUUGGGCAAAAGGGGGAAAAAAAGGCUGCGAGUCCAAGUCACCAGUCUGUUCCUCUGUCCAUUUGAAGAUGCUUUGCUUUGACACGUGCUGCUAGGUUUUAUUUUCAGAAAAGAUAGUCCUUUUUCCUGCAUGAAGGGUACAAGGUGGUGCCACACGCUCUAAGCAGUUUGAACAAGAGGAGGAGGAGGAACGUGCACACGCCGAGAUUGAGCUGCCCGGGUGCUCUUCCUCCCCUGACGGAAGCACAGAGCUGAUGUGACGCGUUAUUUUGUGGUCUCUCAAACUUUGUAAAUAAAUACCAUUAUUUUUAUAUGAAAUUUUAUAGAAGAGCUAUUUCUGUAUAAUUAUUCGUGGAUUUUCUGAAAUUGCUUCCAAGCAGUUAGGAACAUGAGUCCUAAGCGGUUUCCACCAGGGUUUCUCAGCUCAGCGUCCCUAGCACCUGCUCCAGAUGCCACAGGAGCACUGGGGGUGGCGCUUGGGAAGCGGAUUUCAAUAAAUUCUGAUGUUUUUGUCCAUUAAAAUAGUGUAAGUAUCUUUGUCUAUCCUGUAGGGUUAUAACAAGUAAAGACAAAACAUCUGAAAUGCGUUUAAGGUGUGCUUGAGAAAAAAAUGUACCAGACUUUUUAUGAUUUCAGUGAAAUGUACUAUAGGAAAAAAUAAAUAAUUUAAAAUAA